AUGGGCCGCGCCCAGGCGGUGUCCGAGGCGUUCCAGUUUGGCCGAUGCUUGAGGGACGAGGGCCUCGAAGUGGACACGUUCUUUUGCAACAACCUCCUGCAAGCUUGUUCAUCCACAAAUCGCUGGGACUUGCCCUUGUUUGUCUUGAGCGAGAUGCUUCAGCUGGGCCCACCCUUGGACCUAGCCAGCUUGGGCCUUGUGGCCAAGGAGCUCCCUUGGCCCCGAGCGGUGCGCUUGCUGCAGCUGCUGCCGCUGGCGGCCCUGCAGCCAAAUGUGGUGCUACAGGGCGCGGUGAUCGCACAGUGUGAGAGAGCAGGGCGAUGGGAAGUGGCCCUUGACCUUUUGACCACCAUGAAAGGUCAAAAGCUGCUGCCUAAUGUGGUCAGCUGCAGUUCGGCCAUCAGCGCAUGUGAGAAAGGUGGGGAGUGGCGAGCUGCACUGGCGAUCCUAGAAGAGAUGCGUCAGGGCAUGCUGCGAGCAGAUCUCAUUGCAUUCAGCGCGUGCAUUAGUGCAUGUGGCAAAGGAGGGCAGUGGACACGCGCCAUGUGGUUGUUGUCUCAGAUGCAACGGGAACAGCUGCCACCCAAUGUGAUUGUCUACAACGCCGUGUUGAAUGCAUUGGCACAGCAGCCAGGGGGGGCUUGGGCGCAAGUCUUCGAGCUGCUGCGCCGGGUGCAGCAGCUGCGGUCGCGAGAGAGCCGCGAUGCGGAACUGGAAACCUUCAGCUGCGCCCUAAGAGCCCUGGGCCGUCAGAGGUGGCGAGAGAGCUUAGCGCUUUGGAGCCAGCUUCAGGGCAGCUGCCAGGCCGAUGCCAUCGCCUUUGGUGCUAUCCUUGCAGUUGACAUGGGAAGCUGGCAAGUGUCCCUGGCCCUCCUAGAGCAAAUGCAAGCCUCGCACUUGAGGCCGGACGCGGUGGCCUUGUGUUCGGCCAGCGGCAGUUGCUGGCACUUCGGAAGAUGCCUGGAGCUUCUCCAGCUGCUCAAGGAUUUGGACCGUGAGGCCAUGUCUGGGGACGCACCAGCGGUGAUACCCAGGCGGCCCAAAGAGCGCCGGCUUGAUAGCAGCAUCGUGAUCCCCGGGCUCGGGUCCGGUGGAAACCCGACACCGAAGAUGAACACCACGGAGGUGAUCUUUGACAACGAAACCCUGAGCUGCUCAGAUGAGAAAUGGCAGUAUGGGGAGGGGUACUUGUGGACCUUCUCGCAGAUUGCAGAAGCCUUCAUGACCUAUGGCGCCAACAAGUUCUACGAGCCGAACACUGGACCAGACAACCUGACCCAAUGUGUCGCAGCUUUGGUCAUUGCCUCCGGGGAAUGUAGUCCUAUCAUGGGUUCAGGCUGCAAUGCUUCCGCCACAGGACCCUCGGGUGUGUUCCAGUUGGACUUCUUGAGGUCAUCAAACACAGGGACGGGCAAUAUCAUUAACCCACAGAUUGCCAAGGAUGGCAACAUCAUGAACCUUUGCAUCUCUGGCUUUGGUGCCGGAUUCGUCACGGGGGCCCCCUGGUAUGAUGAAUCCAAGGAGGAAGUGGUAUUUCUUGAGGGGGAUAGCUUUGCAACUUGUAUGGGAGCGCCGGACUAUGUGAACAACUACUCCUGCCCAGAUCCCAACAGUGUGGCAGGGACGACCUACAGCAACUAUGUGGGCACCUUUUGCCACAAGAGCUAUGAUCCAUUUCCUGACUACUACCUCGAGAAGGCGAACGAUCAGUUGGCGCUCGGUGUGGACUUCAAGGGCAUUUGUGAAGCAGUCCUUGAGAGCAUGCAGUGA